CGGCACCGACUGACACUUUACUUAUUGUUCGUGUCGAGCGGAUUAUAAACAAUUUAUAAACUUUGACCAACUUUGAUAUAACCUGUAUAAAUAUAUAUGUAUACGUUUUUUGAACAUUAUUAAUUAUUGUUAUUUUGUUUAUUCGCACAAUAAACAUGUGGAAAUCUAAGAAAUCUGCGGAGAAUUCUUGUCACACUUUUUGCGCGAACGAUAUUGACAAAGUCAUCAGAAACGUCUCUCCGUUCUGAACGCUUUCUAAGCUUUCGCCCGUUAAUUCUCUUCUGAUGUUUCCUGCAGUUGGGAUAUAGGAGUAAACGUUCCUGAACUGCAUUUAGACAGCUCGUCAUUCACGUCCACAGUGAAAGCUAUGACCUCGGCCACGCCCCCUUCCUCCCGUAGCCCCUCCCCACAGAAGGUCUGCCACUCCCAGACACAGACAGAUGUUCUAAAGCCAUUGCUGGGUGGAGGAAGUGGGACUUCUACAGGAAACGGUCCUGCGGCAUUAAGACGUCGUCGACGGGUGUUAUCAAAAGAUGGGCGGAGCAAUGUUCGUAUCGAACAUGUCAGUGGCCGAGGGACACUUUACUUGCGUGACCUGUGGACGACUUUUCUGGACAUGCAGUGGCGCUACAAGCUUUUCCUGUUUUCAGCCACCUUUGCUGGCACCUGGUUUGUCUUUGGGGUGCUGUGGUACUUGGUGGCACUUGUGCAUGGAGAUUUGCUAGAGUUCGACCCUCCAUCAAACCACACUCCAUGCGUAAUGCAGGUCCAAACUCUGACAGGGGCAUUCCUUUUUUCCCUGGAAUCACAAACUACAAUUGGCUACGGUUUUCGCUGCAUCACUGAAGAAUGUCCACUCGCCAUCAUCCUGCUAAUUGUCCAGCUUGUCAUCACCAUGGUGAUGGAGAUCUUCAUCACUGGAACUUUCCUUGCCAAGGUAGCUCGGCCGAAGAAACGUGGUGAGACAGUGAAGUUCAGUCAGCAUGCAGUGGUUGCCAAUCACGAGGGACGACCUUGUCUCAUGAUCCGUGUAGCUAACAUGCGUAAAAGCCUGCUUCUAGGCUGCCAGGUAACAGGUAAGCUGCUGCAGACAUCCUUAACUAAAGAGGGGGAGACAGUUCGUCUGGACCAGAGGAAUGUAACCUUCCAAGUUGACACGUCCACUGACAGCCCCUUCCUCAUCCUACCACUCACUUUCUACCAUGUGAUCGAUGACAACAGCCCACUGCGAGCCUGGGCUGCCAAAGGUGGUGGAUGGACAGAUCCAGAGCUGGCUGACUUUGAACUGCUUGUAAUCAUGAGCGCUACUGUGGAGCCAACCUCGGCCACCUGCCAGGUGCGCACCUCCUACUUGCCUGAUGAGAUCCUGUGGGGCUACGAGUUCCCUCCUGUCAUCUCCCUCUCCCCCUCCGGAAAGUAUGUAGCUGAUUUUGCCUUCUUUGACAAGGUUGCCAAGACCAAGACCCCGCCCCUAUUUAAACAAGCUCCACCUCCCAACACCCAUUCACCCCAUCACCAAGGCAGUGGAGGCGGUGGAGACCAAGGGCCGGAUACCGAGAAGAUGAGACUGGAGGAGAGUUACCGGGAAGAAAGGGGGCGGGAUAGGGGGCGGGUUCGAGACCAGCUUAGCGUCCGUAUUAGUAAUGUCUAGAGAGAAAAAAACAGAAAACUAUGGAGGGCUGAAGAAGGGGUCUGAUGAAGAUAAAUUGCCAGAGCACUUGUUUGAUUCAGUGUUAGCCAACUUUUUUUUAUGCCACUGAGCUUACCUGUUUUGCCAGGCAGCAUGCCAAGAGAGUUGGCUAGUGCUGAAAUACAUGAAAUAAAGAAGGGGAGGGCACAAGAAGAGAGAGAGAGAGAUACAGAAAUAUCUAUGUUCGGAAUAGAAUACCACUAUACAACAACUCCUACUAUUUCUGCAGCAUACAAUAUGAAUACAGUUCAUACUAUGCAAAUUUUCUGUAUGCAUAGAAUACCCGGAUGAUCUACUACAUUUGACAAAAUGUGUAAAAAGCACCAUGCAGUGAACUUGACUUGAACUUCCUUUUAGUUUGAUGAGUUUUACUUUUAUAAAUAACCAUAUUUACAGUAUUUCCGAGAUAACUGAGAGCAAGUCACUGCAAAAUACAUGCAAUGUUUGAAACAUUUAUUAUUGCAUAAUGUUUUACUUAAAAAAUAAAAAUAAAUGUUUACUGCACAGUGUGCACAAAGCAUAGGUAGUAAGUAUGCUAGUAUUCCAUUCCGAACAUAACAAGAGACAGUAAAUGUGAAAUACUGUAAACAACUAAACUAUUAGACCAUGUGGAAUCAAAUGAUGAUUCAAGAUAGAUCAGCUACUUCACUCAUGACAAAACUGAUCAUGCACACUCACACACACACACACACACACACACACACACACACACACACACACACACACUCAUAAGAUGGACCUGUUCACUGCGAAGGACUGUAUCCCCAUCUUGUGGCCAAGAAAAGCAGUGGCACAAAUUUGAGACAGUUGAGAAGAUCUAGAAGUGUGAUUGAUGGACAAUAACUGAUUUUUAUAAACAUGUGGAAGUCUUUUUGCUUAAGAUUUCAGGAUUACAACAGUCUGAAGAAUGGAAUAGAAUAGACUGGAAUAAACUGGAAUAAUAUUUAAACAAUGUAGUCAAUGAUAAAGCAAAGGUACAACUUUUAGAUUAUUGUAAAUAACUUGUGCACAUCUUAGACUACAUUGGAAUCCAUCUACAGUUUAUGAUUUUUUUAUUUAUCUAUAUUUGUGUCUAACAGUGCCAGUAUAGAACUAUUUUGGGUAAAUAUCUAUUUAGAAUUUUUCUCCCCCUCCAUAGUUUAUCUUUUCUCACUGGAAUAAACAUAUUGAUGUUUGUUAACAAUACUAAAAGCACUUUAACUCUACGAGGAGGGUUUAUUUUUGAUACUUUCUUUGGGUCCAGCUUAACUGUACUUGCUCUGAUUUUUUCAUGUUAAAUGAAGAAGAGUGAAAGAAUGUAUUUUGAAUUUAUAUAUUCAACGUGCCUACAACAUAAAUGUAAUUAUUAUUAUUAAUAAUUAUUAUUAUUACUACUACUACUAUAUUGUUGAUAUUUGUUGUUUGUUGAAAAAGAAUGACUUGGCACAUUUUGCCUGUCUUAAACUGUGGCUGUAGGGAACUGUAUGUUUUUGUGUUCAGUCAGGAUUCGCUUUCAAAAACUGGACUUUCAUCACUCUAACUGCUAAUGAUCUCCAAUGACUGUUUUUAAUAAAUGAGACAUUUUGA